AUGGCUGCCUCAUUCGCUUACUUGAGAGACGUACGUCCAUACAAAACCUCUUGGAGAAUUCAGGUGAAAGUUCUCCAUUCAUGGCGCCCGACUACCAGCGAGAAUCUUGAAUGUAUUUUCUCCGACGAAAAGAAUGUUAAGAUUCAUGCUAUGCUGAAAAAGGACUUGGUGAACCGCUAUGCCAACAAACUUACUGUUGGUGACUGGAAGUUCAUUGAGACUUUCCAGCUGACUAAUGCUUAUGUGGUAACUCCCAAUGACUCUGUCUCUGAUUCAAGCUACUUAUCCUUGGUUGAUUUCCACAAAAUUAUGAGCGGUGAACAAAAAGAUCACAUGUUGAUAGAUGUCAUGGGUCAGAUUGUGAACAUUGGAGAGAUUGAAACUGUGGAGGCUAACAAUAAGCCAACUGCAAAGCUGGAUUUUGAGAUGAGGGAUCAAAGUGAUGAGAGAUUGCCAUGUACCUUGUGGGGAGAAUUUGCAGAACAAGUUUACAGAGCUUGUGCUAAGGCUGAUGGCAUCAUGGUUUUUUAUGUAAUCCGUUUUGCGAAAAUCAAGUCUUACAAUGGUACAAAAAGUGUUGGCAAUGCAUACAAUGCUUCACAAGUAUAUGUUAAUCCGCCAUUUCCAGAAGUAGAUGUCUUUACCGCAUCUCUUCCUAAAGAUGGUCUGACUCUUACUAUUCGUUCGAAUCCUCCACGUCUCGCACUUCUGAAUUCGAUAAAUGAUGAUAAGUGUCUCGAACACCUCAGAAUGACCAUCUCUGAACUUUUAGCUACUUACGAGGUAGGUAAAGUUAGACUACACUACACAAUCUACGCAAUAGAUACAGAUUGGGCCUGGUACUAUAUCAGUUGUCGUAACUGCAACAAGAAAGUGACUCCACUAAAUGUCGGAGACAAUACUAUGAGCCAAAAGGGAACUAAACCAAAAUUUUGGUGUGCUACGUGCAAGUCUCCAGUCAGUAGCGUUGGUCCAAAAUAUGGACUCUACGCUAAGGUACUGGACAUCACUGGAGAAACUAAAUGUCUACUGUAUGAUAGUGUUGCUCAAGAUAUCAUUGGUGAACCCGCCACGUCUGUUCUUGGUGGCUGUCUUAAAGAGAUUGAGGACCCAGAAAACAUUCCUCCACAAAUUCAGGCUUUGGUUGGGAAAACUUUUGUCUUCCUCAUUGCUGUAACUGCAGAAAACAUUUUCGAUGGGAAGGAUUCGUAUAGAGUCUCAAAAGUGCUGGAAAAGAAUGGUCUGUUAUCUGAAGAUGCUCCUGAAGAUUCUUUGGAAAUGGUAACCCAGGGUACAAUCGAAUCUUGCGAUCAGCUAAUGUUGACUUACAGUCAAGACACAACCGACUCCACGACACCUUCAUCAAAGCGGUUAUAUGCACCUAAUGUUGAGUCUUCUGAUCAAGCUUCCACCUCGAAAAAAUUGCGUACACCAUUGAAUGAAUUUGAAACAGGAGACAAGGAGUUUCUUUUGAAAUGUGGGACUCUAGAUUUUGAAGAGGGAGACAAGAAAGAUAAAGUGAUGCCUAAUCAAGAGAAGGUGGCUAAGCCUAUCUUGGCUAUGCCACCUAAUGAAGAGAAUGUUACUAAGCCUACAGCAGUGAUGCUUAAGGAAGAGAAGGUUACUAAUCCUACAGCAGUGAUGCCUAAUGAAGAGAAGGUUACUAAGCAGGUUACUAAGCCUACAUGA